CCCGGCCCGCCCUCGGUAUGAAGGCGUAGGAUCGCCGAACGUGCUGAAGUACGCGGAGAGACGGCGCCGCCGCGAUGCCGCUGUCGCACAGCAGGGCUGGGCAGACCCCGUGCAGCAGCAAGGCGUGCAGGAACCUCUUCGGCCCCGUGGACCACGAGCAGCUCCAGCACGACUUCGAGGACAAGAUAAGGCAACAGCUGGAGGAGGCUCAGCAGCGCUGGAACUUCAACUUUGAGACAGAGACUCCCUUGGAAGGGCCGUUCAAGUGGGAGAAGAUCCUGGUGGCUGAGCAGCCGCCCCAGGAGGGUCACAGCCUGGUCACGGCUGUCAUCAGCGGUGACAGCAGGAGCUCCUUGGCCCACAGGGACGCCCCCAAGGACCACGCUGGCAGGGUUUGCCCCGAGGAGUCUCAGCAGAGCUCCAAGGCUUACAAGGCUGGUUCCCUGCGGAGCUUGAAACGUGGGCAGACCACGAUCAAAGAUUUUUACAGUGCCAAGAGGAGGAUCGUCCCUGCCCGGCCCCAGCCGUGACUCGCCGCGGCAGCUCCGAGGCCGGGGCUGAACGUGGCUCCUGCCCUGCGCUGUGCUGACCUGUACCAAGCAAUGUAGAGUCUGUAGUUCCCUAUUUAUGAGUAGUUCUGGGGUCCUGAGGGACCUUCACUGUGUGCAAUGUAGAGGAGGAGCCCCACGGCGGGGCUGGAGGAGGACUGCGAUGGCACCGAGGCGCUGCCCUGCCUGCUGAAGUGCCCUGUGCCCCGGGGUCCAGACACCGUCCUUGUGCCCUCCUGCUCUCCAGCCGUGCUGCUGGGGGACACUUGUGUCCCAGCCACCUGGUGGCACCGGAUAUCUCUAAGGAAAGUCCCCGGUGUGGAUCGCAGAGCCCCGGGGCACCCGGCGCGGGCGGUGGCCCACGUGCCCUGUCCCGGCAGGUUGGACCCGAGCCUCGUCCCCGUGCGGGAGCAGAGAUGUGGAGGCUGCUCCUUCCCACGGCUCGGGGGGAGGAAGCUGCUCCCUGGACAGCUUUUCCGUGGGGUGGCUCCCUGGGAGGUUUGGGGUCCCCUCUGGGAGCUGCUGGCCCCAAAUCCCACUUUGUCACCUUGUUGUUGGCUUGUGGUGCCCACGUCCCUGCUUCCCUCGACGCUGACACCAGGCUGGGGAGCCCCUGCUCUGGCUCUGUUGGGCUCCUCUAGGAAGAAGUCCUGCUCACCAGCAGGGAUGAUGCAGGAAUAAGGAAUUGUAGCUUGUUUUCCUGGACUUUUUCUCCUUUGGGGCUGGCGGGGAGAGGACCCUCACCUGGCUCUGCUCUGGGACCGAGGGAUGGCCUCAACAGAGGCUGCUGAGUUCCAGCACUGAAGGAUGAGUCCCUGAGGGACUCGACACUGUCAGGUCUCGGCACUUUCAUGGGGUUCAACUCCUGCUCUGCUGGAUUUGGACCCAGAAAAUCGGUGCAAGAUGGUCCCAGGAGGAAAAGGGACAGGGUUCAUCUCCCACCUUGCACCAGGAUGCACUUUGCUGUCGGUGAAGCUGCCAAGCUCCCAGCACUAAAUGUUUAUUUAUAUUUAAAAUAAAAAAAAAUGCUACUAAGUGUAUGUAAGGGAAGGGGAAAUACCUGUUUGUCUGUAAGUGUUAACUCUGAAUAAACACCUGUGCAAAGGAA